AUGUUGAAAGGAGUGAAUCCAAGAUUUCUGAAUUUGUCCAACUCGGAAUCAAUUGAGAACGAGUCCGUGAAUCACUCGGACGAGUUUCGAAUGUAUGUGUUCAAGAUCAAGAAAUGCCCAAAGACGAAAAGCCAUGAUUGGACUUCUUGCCCAUUUGCACACCGUGGGGAGAAGGCACGGCGUCGUGAUCCAACUAAAUUCAAUUACGCCGCCAUUGCAUGUCCCAAGUUUCGAACAGGGGAAUGCUCGAAAGGCGAGUCAUGUGAGUUCGCUCACGGGAUUUUCGAGUUCUGGCUUCACCCAACUAAGUACCGUACACGUGCAUGCAAUGCCGGAGAGUAUUGCCAGAGAAAGGUAUGUUUCUUUGCACAUACGCCGGAACAGCUUCGGCCGGUGAGGAAACAGAAGUGUUGUUAUGUUUGUAAGGCACACAUGGGUGAAAGAAAGGAGGAGAUAAGUAGUGAUUCUGUUGGUGGUGGGAGAACUGGGUUGAGUUCACCACCUGCAAAUAUGGUGACAAGAGAUGGAAUUUUGAAGGAAGAGUGGGAAAUUUCAGAGAAUUUGAGGAGAUUCAGUAUAGAAGAUGAGGAGGAGGAGGAGGUGGAAGAGGAAGACGUUGCAGGGGAUGGGAGUUUCGGUUAUAGGGAUGUACCGGAUUUACCUGAUAUUGAUUGGAUUACAGAGUUGGUGAACUGA